GAGAACGUUCGAUUUCUAUUCUAUUUUUCAAAUAGAAUAACAAAAAAAAUAUUAAAUUUGAGUGUGAAAAAUGAAUGUUAAGAAUCAUGAAACUUAUAAAAAAAUACAAUUUGCAGAAGGAUUAAAGAGUGUUGCCAUGAAUAAUGGAGGAGAAAAACUACUACGAAAAGUGGAAGAGAGAAGAAGAUAUAUUGGGAAGAGGUAAGGAGAUUACGGGUGGCGAUGGUGGAAAAGGAGAAGAUGGUGGUGGCGAUAAAACAACUGAACGUGGCGAUGUUACAUGUGGGAUCUUUUGUAGUAACUGAUGGUGAUAGAAGAGGAGGAGGAGGAGGAGGAGGAGGAGGAGGAGGAUAAGACGUGGAGAUGAUGUAACAAUACAUGUUGCAUUGUACUAUUUUAUGUUUAUCAAAUAGAAUAGUACAACACAAUGCGUACUGUUCAUCUUCUCCAAUAGUUUUAUGCAUCCUCUGUUUCUUAAUCCAUAUAUAUCGAAAGUAGUAAAAUUGUAAAUCCAAACAAAGAUAUGAAGAAAAUUGAUCAGACACACUUGUUGGAUCAGAUGAUUGUACGGAAAUAAUUGGCAAAGGUGAUUGUGGUGAUAUUACGAAAGAAAAUGAAAGAUCAGAUAUGAAGUAAACAAAAUUAUAAAGAGCGAGAGAAGAAGAAAAGAGUGGUGUGUGUGAUAAAAGGGUAAAAAGAAAAUUAAUACACAAAUACACAGAAUAUCAUAGCCAAGGCAAUGUUAUGGUUAUAAACUUUAUUUAUAUUUUUCCUAUGAAUAUACGGUCUAAUUCCCCAUACUUAAAUUAUUGUUGUUAUAUUACAAUACAACUAAAAUUGGUGACAUGCAUAAAUUCUAUUCGAUUUUGCAAACAGAAAUUUGGCAAGUGUCGAGAAUUAUUUUAUAUUAUUGUAAACACUGCCAAACGCUAACAUGAAUCAUGUCUUAUAACCAGUAUAACCAUGAUAAUUAAAUAAAUAUCAGUGGAGGCUUAGUUUGCGGUGGUCACAUGCCUCAUGCAUAUAGAGAGAGUCAUUUUCAUGAACGCCCUUGUAAAAAAAAAUGGUAAACCAUUACUCGGAGAGAUAAUGUGAAAACUUCGGUAACUACGUGCUCUAGAAAUUUGGUGAGAUGUGAUGCGGAUUCGAAUUCGGAUCCUUUGGGAAUCCACGGAACGCCUUGAUCACCCGACCACAGACGCGUGGUUAACGCCCUUGUAUCUUACGCUAACAUGAAUCAUGUCUUAUAACCAGUGUUGUAUCCGACAACAACAAAAGUACAUUUACUUGUGAAGCUAUAUGUUACAUUCAUAUCUAAAGUUUAGUUUUUCUUUUCUAUCUAAUUAGCAUCGUUCUUAAAUAAUUACAUGGCACUAGCAGGAUAAAUAUCACAUUAAUUGUAUAACUUCUAGGUAUAUUAAUUAGGUUGUGGGUAUUAAAAUUCAGUUAUACCUUCAACCAAAAAAAAAAACUAAAAGUGGAAGUUAACGUAGAAAUGCCUAAAAUGGGUUCCCAUGCGCAAAUAUAUAAAAUGGCACGUUAAGUCGUGAAGCGAUAGAUCAUUCAUGUCUCCUGGCAAUUUAACGUUUUCUAUACACAAUGACGAUUCUUAUAAUAUAUUAUUAUUAUAGUUAUUCACUAGUCGUUCUUAUCAUGAUCAUAGUUAAAUUAUUCAUAGUUUUUGUCAGCUGAACUAACAAAGUAGCUAAUGAUUCUCCUCUUCCAGAAUCAUGUGACCAAACGAGGAAAACAAAAGCAAACUGGGGAGGGAGAUGUUAUCAUUGGAUAAUUUUUUAUAUUUUUGGCAUAUCAAAUAAAUGAUAUCAUUGGAUAAAUUUUUUUUUUGGGAUGGAGAAGCAUACAUGAUUAAACAAAACAUGUUCAGACAAAUUUGUUAAAAACACGACCUAAUUAAUUGAAACGACUGUGUUAACUACACAAGUGUAGUCGAAUGGUACAAAAAGUUUAGAAAAAUGCUAAGCACCCUGAGUGCGAAAUCCAAAUAUAGAGUUAUCCGUUUGUGUGGCUAAACGAUACGAAUAUCGAGUAACUGGAGCUCGGCCCGGGAUACCUGAACUAUCCAAAAAAUCAGUGUGUCAAACGAAAUUAACUAGUUACAAAAGCAGAAAAUAGUUUGUCAAAAAAAAUUACGAAAGGAGAAAGUAUGAAUCGCCACGUACACUGAAGCCAAACACUGCAAGACAAAUCACUACUAGAUUAGCAUAUGGCAUCGUAAAAGCACAUCUACUGUUAAGAAAACGGAACAUUCAUGCACUGAUACCAAUGCUCGUCUCAAUACUAAAAAGAUGCAACUCUUUUCCACAGAAGCGGCUAAUUAGAUUUGGAACUAACCAAUUAAGAAUGCCACCAAUUCAUUAUUAACCUUUGUUUCAACAGUUCUCAACUAAUGAGUUUUAAGCAGGAAAAAAAAACUAAUGACGUGAUUCUGUCUCUGAACUCGCAAAGCUAUACACUUUCUCGCUGCAACUGUCCGGUCUAUAAAUGACAUGAACUCCAUUAUCAGCUACUAUGUCUCUCUCUGUUGGAGACCAGAGGAAACUACUUCAGUAAUAAAUGCCAAGUUCUGAGAAACUCUAAGAUCACAACAAGUCAACAACGAUGGGGCUCGUAUAAAACUCAAUUUCAUAAACCAAGCAAGAAAUUUCUUUUAAAAGGGCUUUCGUAUUUUUGGGCUUAUACAAUAAAGAAUAAAAAAGUACAUGGGCUUUAAUCCCAAACCCACAUAGAACUCGGUUUUAGGCUUUUAUACGCACUAAUCAAGAAUUCUUAUAAAACUUUAUUUCAACAUACGUUUUGGGUUAUUUUUAUUUUUCUCUCCUCCCUUCCAGUUCGACACGAGUGCACGACAACAACAAUGAUUGAUGGAGCAAAAAUAAAUGUCCAAUGUUCCCAGAGGCAUGAGUUUCUAAUUAUAUAACACCUUGAACGAUUUUUUUUGCACGACUAGUGGGACGAUAACUAUAUUUAAGCAACAACAGUCAGUUGUGGAAUAUUCCUUCAAUUAUCAGUUUUGUAUUAUACAGAGUUGGUGUUACAACAACCGUCAGAAGUAUUAAUUCAUUAACUAUGAUUUCGGGAAAAAAUGUUUCAUAUCCAAAAUUCAUUUAUUUUUCUUAAUUUGUUUCUGUCAUCAGUAAAUUUUGUAAAAUUUCUUGCGUUUUUCGAUACAAUCAAAUGAUCAAUUCGCAAUUUCUGUAUGUCAAUAAAAAUAGUUGAAUCUAAUAAAUAUUAAAUGCUGCCGCAACAUUCAAGAAACCUUAGUGGUAUGGUAUAGAUCACAUUGUCCUUUGCAAAGGUCAUUAAAAAAUGUCAACGAUCUCAAUGAAUGCAUCAUUCUCGAUAAUAGUACAAAGAUAUAUUCCAACAUUAGCUAUUUAUUGGUACGAAGUUCGUUCGGUUUGGCCUGCUUCAAUUAAAAUCUGAUCAGAUCUUUUUCAUAUUUGGUUUGAAUAGUUUGUGGUUUGAUUUUUCUCAUAUCAAUCCAUUAGGUAAUUUUGGUAUUAAGAGUAGACAACGUGCCAAUUGAAAUUUCAACAGGAUUUCGUAAAGAAGAUUCGUAUUUGUUAUUUUGGUUUGGAUUCGGUUUAGUUAGAGGAUUGAUAACUGAGAGAACCAAACCUGAGUCAAAACAACAUUAAUUGGAUUCAGGAUUGUAACCAGUUUCGAUAUUAAUUAGGGUAACGGUAUCGAACCAUAUUUUACUCUCCUUACUCUCGUUUUUUAUGCAUCAUUGGUGGAUUUCUAAGAAUUGAUUCAUAACGCAUGAACCUGACCUCAGACCAAAGUAAGUAAAAAAAGGGAAAAAGAAUAAUCUUUUUUUUUCGUGAAGGAAGAAACCAAGAGAGAAGCAAAGCUCGGCGGCUCAAAACUCAAACUCCGUCUAUCUACCAAAUACCGAAAAUACCCUCUCUUUUUUUUUUUAAUAAUGGGUUCUUGAUUCUGUUUUGAGUUUCUCGUAAAGAGCGAACCAGUUUAGUUACGCGGACACGUAAGAUCUGACAAAAGAAAAAAAAAAUUUCUCAAGAUACUUUUCUUUUUCUCUUGCGCCAUCGUUUUAAGGGUUUACUGUUCGUUGGUCAGAGUAUAUCGACAAGAAGACGAUCAGACCUACAAUCAUCUGAGCUUCACUUAGAUCUUUGUUUGACUUCCCGAUCAACUUGUAACAACAACAGGGCCUGAAGAUGAGGCGUGAGUUUCCAGGGCAAUGGAAGGUAGUAGAAAGCAGACGUCUUCUAUGGCUACUGGGACUCACAUUUGCUCUCAUCGUCACUUUUCAAUACAUCGAGCUUCCGAACACUAUCUCCUCCCUCUUCUCUUCCACCAAGUUUCCCUUUUCAAGAAACGGCGAUGGCGAGCAUAAGAGUAGUAGGAACUUGGCUCCAGCUAUGGCACCGAGCUUUCCACAAAAGAACGCUUCUCUGGUGGAUGAUUCUUCUGGUGGUGGAGGAGAUGAUGAGGAAGUUGAGGUUGAUAAGAUCUUUGACAGCGGUGGAAACGCAACCGCUCCCACCGUUUCACCUUCUCAAGUAAAAGAAAAUGCAACCGCUCCCAACGUUUCGCCUUCUCAGGUAAAAGAAAACGCAACCGCUACCAACGUUUCACCUUCUCAGGUAAAAGAAAACGCAACCGCUCCCACCGUUUCACCUUCUCAGGUAAAAGAAAACGCAACCGCUCCCACCGUUUCACCUUCUCAGGUAAAAGAAAACGCAACCGCUCCAACCGUUUCGCCUUCUCAGGUAAAAGAAAACGCAACCGCUCCAACCGUUUCGCCUUCUCAGGUAAAAGAAAACGUAACCGCACCUGUGGCUAGUGCUAAGCCCCCUGCUGCAUUACCACUAGUAAAAGAAAACGCAACCGCACCUGUGGCUAGUGCUAAGCCCCCUGCUUCCUUACCAAUUCCAAACCCGUCUCCGGUUAAGGACAACGCAACUAGCCAUGUAGAGGACAAGAACUCAACUAAAACAAAUGUUCCUGGUGCUUCUCCUCCCGUUGUGAGAUUUGUUCCUGACGUGAAGGAGUACUCAAAAACGCCAGAUUCACGAGUGAUGUCAAUAUCAGAUAUGAGCAAGCAGCUGCGUCGAAACCGUAUCUCUCAUAACCGUCUAGCAAAGAAGCCAAAAUGGGUUACUAAACCUGACUUGGAGCUUCUACAAGCAAAGUACGAGAUCGAGAACGCACCUAUAGAUGACAAAGACCCUCUCCUCUACGCUCCUCUUUACCGCAACGUCUCCACCUUCAAACGGAGCUAUGAGUUGAUGGAGAAGAUGUUGAAGGUUUAUGUCUACAAAGAAGGAGACAAACCUAUCAUGCACAGUCCAAUACUCAGAGGGAUAUACGCAUCAGAAGGAUGGUUCAUGAAACUUAUUGAAUCCAACAACAACAAGUUUGUCACAAAGGACGCUUCCAAAGCUCAUCUUUUCUAUCUACCCUUUAGCUCUCGGAUGCUAGAGGUGACUCUAUACGUACAAGACUCUCAUAGUCACCGCAACCUCGUUCAGUAUCUUAAAGACUACAUAGACUUCAUCUCGGUCAAAUACCCUUUUUGGAACCGAACCUCUGGAGCAGAUCAUUUCCUUGCAGCUUGCCAUGAUUGGGCGCCUUCGGAGACACGCAAUGUCUUCGCAAAGAGUAUUAGGGCUUUAUGCAACUCUGAUGUUAAAGAAGGCUUUGUCUUUGGUAAAGACACCUCGUUACCAGAGACAUUCGUUAGAGAUCCCAAGAAACCACUAAGCAGCAUCGGCGGAAAAUCUGCUUCCCAAAGGCCAACGCUAGCUUUCUUCGCUGGCAAGCCUGACCACGGUUACCUUAGACCGAUCCUGCUCUCUUACUGGGGCAACAACAAAGACCCCGACUUAAAAAUAUUCGGGAAGCUUCCGAGGACCAAAGGAAACAAGAACUACCUUCAGUUCAUGAAAACUAGCAAGUACUGUAUCUGUGCCAAAGGGUUUGAAGUGAACAGUCCGAGAGUGGUGGAGGCUAUAUUCUAUGACUGUGUUCCAGUUAUUAUAUCUGACAACUUUGUGCCGCCGUUUUUCGAGGUUUUGAACUGGGAGGCGUUUGCGCUUUUUGUGGCGGAGAAGGAUAUACCUAACUUGAAGAAGAUUCUGAUGUCGGUGUCGGAGCGUAGGUACAGGCAGAUGCAGAUGAGGGUGAAGAGAGUGCAGAAGCAUUUUCUGUGGCAUGUACAGCCUGAGAAGUAUGAUAUGUUUCAUAUGAUUCUUCAUUCGGUUUGGUUUAACCGGGUUUCUCAGAUUUCUGUUUAGUUGGUUCUGUGAUUCAAACAAUUCAUUUGUACAUUUCUUUUACACGGAUAAAAUUCAGUUUACAGAUUCCAUAAUAUCACAAAUAAAACUUGUGGUCUCAUUUGUA